AUGCUGAGUGAAGAGGACAGCACCAAUAGAAAAGGCAGUGCCCAUGGACAUAUAACAGCAUCUGUGUAUCCUGAGCUCUCGGGGGACAAAGGAGCAGAGAAUGUAGAGAAUGCCCUCCUUAACCUGCUGGACCCGGAGAGACAAGGUGCUGUUCUUGCCAGAAGUGUCAUGCAGUCUAUGAAGAGACCGGUGACUGGGAUUGGACUAUCAGGGGACAAAAACAAAGAGAAGAAACCCAAGGUUGUCCCAAGCAUGACUCCAGCAGAUUUCAGUGAUGCAAAAGACCACUUAAAAGAUGAAAAGAAUCAAGAGAGGUAUCUACCAUGCCAGAAUAGCCCAGUAAAAAGCAAAAGUUCCCAUCAGAUCCGACGAAGCACUCACUACCUAACAUAUCUCCCCCAAGUCAGAACGAUCCCCAGUGACUUUGAAGGCAGUGGUUCCCCAGACACUCAAGUGAGGGGGGAUAACGAGGUCCCUCCUUACAGUGGGGACGGGCAACAUUUCAUGUAUGUUCCUGGCAAAGGAGGUGCUGUUGGGCCUGGUCUAGACGACUCAGCUAGUCAUAUGGGCCUCUCGGGCUCUGACAAAGCUGAGAUUGUUAACCCACACAUGAGUGGACUGGGUUCUAAUGAGAUCCCCGAGAGAGAAAGACAUGGCGGCGAUGUCGGUGCAACCAGAGACAAAACCGCACAACGGGCAGGUGCUGCCGGUGAGAGCCUUGUGGAGGGCAGCAAUGACAUCACAGGCAGUACUAGUUUUAGGGAACUCCCCGGGAAGGAAGGAAACAGAAUUGAUGCAGGCAGCCAAAACGCUCAUCAAGGGAAAUUAGAAUUUCACUAUCCACAAGUUCCCUCCAGAGAGAAGCUAAAAGGGGGCUGCAGUGAUAACUCAGGGAGCGCCAGUUACAAUGAGAUUCCAAAGCGCAGCAAAGGUAGGUCUAGGACAGACACAGAAGAAUCCUAUAGGAACCAAGUGACCCUGACUGAUAAACAAAGAUUUUCAAGUAAAGGCAAAAGCCAGAGCCUUGUUCUUCCUUCUCACAGUCUAGGUAAUGAGGUUAAAAGCAAAGGAGACUCCUCUAAUGAUCUCAGUCAUGCGAGGAUUACAAUGACUAACAGCAGGAAAAGCCUCCAUGAACAUCAUGCACUCGAUGAACAAAAUAAUUCUACAUGGAAUAAAGGGGGCAUGUCACAACGGAGAGGAGGCACCUGGCCUUCUCGAAGAUCCCAUGCCCACAGGCGCUUCAGCACCGGCAGAAGGGACAGCAGUGAGUCGUCCAGUGGUAGUUCCAGUGAGAGUGAGGGUGACUAG